ACAAAUUUCGCCUUUCUCAGUUUAUUUCUGCCACUCAGUCCAGCACUCCAGCAUUAUAGCCAGCGUUCUCUCAACCUCGACGAUUACUACACAGUGUUCCCGAAGCCAUGUCGCAGGAACCACGCUACGAAGUGUACCGAUUCCGUGAUGACAUCAAAGCUUUGCAAGAGAAGGCCAUUGUGGAAGUCCUCACUUCGUCGCCAUCGGGGGGGCAACUGAGACUGUAUUCGUACGGUCUCGAUAACUCAUGCGAAGAACUCAGCGAUGGAGUGAUCCGGGGCAUGGGUGGACCUCUCUCCAAGUGGGCUGGCCAUUGUGGUCUUGUCAUCAACGAUCUCGACAGACCAACAUUCCGAUCCGAAGUUUUCAGGCUACAGAGGGGCAAUGCAAUAUGGCCAGGGAAAAACUCUACGGCGCUUCUUGUGCCUCUGAGCAACGGCAACGCCAUGAUCGAUUUACUCCCGCGUGGAAGUAGAGACAGGAUUGCUCACGAUUGGGAUCCACGCACCAUCCUUCAUUUGAACGAAAUGGGGUUCGAAUUCCAGGGGAACGGGAGUGUUCGAUUCAUGUACAUCCUCUUCCAGACGGCGAGUCGCCCCGGAUUCUAUACCAAGAGUUAGAUAUGCCCCCCCGAGCCAAGGAAAGGCUGCUGGACGUCUCUCAUUUCGAAAACACGAUACCCUCAACUACUUGGCUGUACAGUUGUCAAGUCGAUGCCUAGACAGCCACCUCAACCGUCACCAUCACCUCGUUCAUUGUCCAUAUCAACACUUUUUCACCCACAAAAUCCAACAUAUUUCUUAGGACCCGGGAUCCAAACAAUAACUUGGUACAUGAAUGGGUGGACCUUACUCUACCCCCGAGUAGGUCUCAGACAAGCACCGGUAUCUCCAAACACAGAUUGAAGAGGAGUUUCCGGUCAGUAUGUCGGCGAGAAGCGGCUUUGAAGAAAACAGAAACAGGCCAGAACGCAACGCUAGAACAAUUGCAAGUGGUCUAAUGGUGGAAGGACCUUAAGGACGAAGCUUUGGCACGAUGUAUACCGGAAUUUCCUUGACCUACUAUGGAAGGGAUCCUGUUAUCACAGAAGCCUACCACUUGUACAUUCGUUCAGAAAUUUGAUUUCAUGAUAACCCCUC